UGGGCUGGCCGCUGGCAGCGUGGCCGAACUAUGGGGCGUUUGGGGGCGGCCUGGCGGGCGUGUGGUGCUGGACCGCUGGUGGUGGUGAAGGCAGCCUCGCGGUCCGCCGCCGGAGAUGCGCAUCGCGCUCUGCUGGCUGCUGUCACGGGCCGGGCGAGCCAGGGUUGGGUACAGUCCUACAGCACGUCGUAGGGCUAGGUUCGCGCGCGUGGGUCGGCUGCUCGGCUGCCUGCCUGGCUUAUAUACCGCUUGCGUGCCCCCCGCUAGUCGGGUUGGUUUGUUGGUCCAAGGUCUUGAGCUGGAUUUUUACUUGGGUACUGCCUGUCGCACUGAGGUCUUACCUACCUUCCAUUCCUGCCUACUGACUGGUUCUUGCUUGUCGUCAUUGCCACUCCUACCUACCGAUCUACCUACGAUCUACCUACUACUCCUACAUAUCUCACGCCGUCUCACGCAUUUUACCUACUUUACCAACCAACCUAUCUCCAUAUCUCAGGCACCACUAGUAGCCACCACUACCUCCAUCACCAACCAACAACAAGACCAACCAUGUCCGCCACCACCGCCACCGCCACCGCCGCCGCCGCACCCGCGCCCUUACGCAGCCGCACAGAGCAAUUCUGGGAGUUUGAGCGCCAGCGCAACCAGCUGCCGGCACCGAAGCAAAAACGACGCAGCAGGCUCAGCAGCCACAGCAGCAGGCGCGCGCACGACAACCAUCACCAUCACGACGAGACGAACGACGCCAACGCCCAGAGCAAAGGGAAGAGUGAGGAGAAGACGCACCGCCAGCAUCGCGGGUUUCGCGCUUGUUUUCGGCGCCCGUCGAGGCUGUUUGAUGCGCUUGCUGCGGCGCUGACGGGCGGGAAUCGCAUGGGUUGAGCAAGUGCCUACCUAACUCUCUUGCUUGCUUGUGCUGCUUCUUUGUUACCGACCUGCUCCUCCGCUCGCUGGACUGGACGGUCUUUUCCUCCGUUUCCUCCUUCACUUCUCCUCCUUCGCCGGCCACCGUUCUCGUUCUCGUUCUCGUACUCGC